CCGAACAUCUUGGAUGCAUGGCCAAGCGCCACUUGAAAGUUGAAAGCCACAGUUCCUUGACGGACUCGUUAUCGCUCGCUGGUACAGUACGGGGGGGGAGGUGUGAUGCGUCGGUUGGAGCAUAUGCAGAUUUCCACCCUCCGAUCAAUUGACUAGGAAGCCGCCACGAGGCGUGGGACACACCACGUCAAAACGCCACCAUUCCGGUUUCCGUCAGUGCACCCCACAGUUCGUCCGUUUUCGACAGGACACUUGCAAGUGCGGCGCGAGACCUCGGGAAUGCCAGAUACACCUCGUCGGUACCGUCCCGACAGGUGGGACAGGCUGGGACAGGCUGGCUGGCAAUCUUCCGGUAGCUGCUGCUGCUCACUAGAUACACUGUAUACAGUUGUCGAUCGUUGACUUCUCGGCGUGUACUGUACUGUACUCGAUACACGCUGCACCGUCGCGUCGUUCACAUUGCCAAACGGUACUAUCAUUGCCGCACGCAGCUCGACAGUGUCGCAGCGCCAGCCUGGCGGCAGCGGCAACUGGGAGGGCAACAGGCAGCAGGCAGCACGCAACAGGCAUCCUUGCUGAUUGAGAGACCUUCGAUUCGUAUGGCGAAAUUCUUGGUUUCCGGCCUCUUGGUUUCAUCGGCUUUUAGGGGUUCAGCUGAGCGCCAAGGGUGCGCCGGGGGGCCAAGGAGCGCCCAGCGAAGCUAAGCCAGAUUCUUUCGCGGUUCGCUUCGAAAACAGAGCGAGAUUCUCUUCGUCUUCCCCCCUCGCGGUUUUAUAGCGACCUAGAGCUUCUCAUCAUGACGAAUCCCACAUCAGCAACGUUUUGGGUGACACCUCUCCCCUCGAGCUUGCGAGGUCGGAGCGAGUCUGAGUCCGAGUCAAAACUCGAGCUCUCAUGGCGGCCUCCCAGGUGCUUCAAGGGCUCGUGAGGAGGCAGCGGAAGCGGGAAGCAGGCGUGAUGACUUCAGUGAUCAUGAAGGAUGUGGAAAUCCGCGUUAAGAGCGAGGCGCCGCUGGAAACCAAGAAUUCUGUCGCCGAAAUCCCUCUUAGAAAGCACGAGCAACCGCACCCGAGCCAGUUUUCAAUGUUAACGAAUCGCCGUGAGCAGCCGCCAGGCAGCGAUUUCCAGACGGGAGCCGGGUUUCACAGCCUUAGCCUAUCCAUGGCGGAGCGCAGCUCUCGGCCCGUCAUUGACAGUGACAAUUUUGUCUGUACGGCGGAGCACCCAGUGAUCGUAUCACCACCCGCGGCGGGAGCAGCAGUCAACCCGCCCGUCCCGGAGACAGCUCAGAAAACGGAGGAGCGCGCGGCGUGGGAAAAAAUCCUGCAGGCAGCGGCGGCGCAUGAUCUCGACGGAGAUCGUGUGCUGCCCGUCAAACCCGGCGGUCUCGGUAGCGGUCUCGGUGGCGGUCUCGGUCAGCCUCAGGGUCCACGUCUCAAUCUCUGUCUCGGUCGCAAUUUCAGUCGCGAUUACAGUCUUGGCAUCGGUCUCGCGGGGCCAGAGUCGCCAGACUCGACUUUGCCGGAGCCAGCCGCGUGCAACACGCGGCGUGACGAUGACGGCCAGCAGCAGCCAAGGAAGCGUCAACGGGUCGUGAACGAGCAACAGCCGCCGGAGCCUCGCCGGGGAUCCCUACCCACUGCAAGAAGCGCGACGGCGGACGCUUACCUGCCGGACGCGGCUUUCUUGCCGGAUGCGGUUUUCUUGCCGGACGCGGCUUUCUUGCCGGACGCGGUUUUCUUGCCGGACGCGGCUCUCCUGCCGGCUGCGGUCAGCACGGCGGUGACGGCGCAGAGGGAUAUCGCGUCGCUCAUGCUUUCCAGCGGCCGGUUUCACAACGGGCCGGUAGUAACCUCGAGGUUGGGUGAUCAGUGCUGCUCUACGGGGGUUGCCAAUGCGAGGGCCUCGGUGAUGAAUCCCAGUGGGAUGCGAGGGCCUGAUGCGGCCGCUGUAGCGGUUAUUCGUGCGAAUCCUAGCGAAAUCCUGAACAUCCGUGAACCUUCUGCAAGCAUCUGCAAUUCCCUGGCGAAGAUUCGCGAUACCUUUAGUCUUCGCGAGGCUCGGCUUGUGGGGCGGCUGCAGGAGGCGCAGGAGCGGGCGGAGAGCGAGAGCAGGCGAGCGGCGCAGCUAGAGGGGCAGGUGGCGCAGAUGAUGCGCCGCAUGGGGGAGGCGCAGCGCCUGGUGGCGGGGCUGGCGCUGAAGAACGCGGAGCUGCAGGGGGAGAUGGCGCAGCUGAUGCUGGCGCACAUGGUGGUGGGGCUGGCGGAAGCAGGAGGGGGGGGAGGUCUGUUGGGGGAUGGGGAGGGGCGGCGGGAAGAGGGGGGGGGAUGGAGGAAGGGCGAGGGGACAGUGAGGAGGUGGUUCAGCCCUCGGGGCGGUAGGAGAGGGCGCAAUCCGUGGAUUUGCCUUUAAAGUAGACUCGAUGGAAGAAUGGCAUCGGAUCGGGAGAGCUAGGAGGUCAUUCAGCCCUCGGGUCGUUAGGCUAGGUUGCGGUGAGCUACGGAUAGCUUGUGGGUAGCCACGGAUUUACGGUAGGUUGGGCGGUAUGCUGAGAUAGAACACAGCCUAGGAGGCCGAAGCCAGUCAUGCUUCCUCCGUACCGACUGGCUGUUCUACACAGCUUUUCCCCCCCGUGCUGACACUCGUGACGCAGGAGUGCGGGGAGAACCAUUGCGGCUGUUGCAGCCUUCAUGGUUGUGGCGGAUUGCAGCAGCCUUGUGGCUUUUUUCGCCUUUCCUGAAGGGAAAGUUUUCCGGCCAGACUCUGGGAGGGAGGGAGGGUAGGCAGACGAACUAUUCCCCAACUGCAAUCGGUAGGCAAUCCUUCAUGUGCUUGCUGCAUUGUAUGUAGCGGUUAAGCUCUAUA